UAAUUCACUGGUAAUGUAUAUUGCAAUUGCUAGCUCAUGUCCUGAAUAAAUUGCAGUAGUUUCUCUUAUUCUCUUUCCUUUCUCUAAACCCAACCACUAUAUUGACCAAGUUAAGAAUUCAGUCAGUAAGACAUAUCUAGUCUUUCCUUUGUAUAAUCCGCGGGAGUUGACGUUCUAAAAGUUCUUUGGUCUGUUUGCUUAAGAAGGCCAUGCAUCCUAUGGAUACCGAGAGUGGUCCUGAAUGGAGUUAUGUACCGAGUACCUUCUCGGAACCUUUUCACAAAACAGCACCUCAUGAAAAAGAGUCGUCAAAAUUCAACAACUCAGUUAAAGAAGGGGAUCAAAUGGUUCAAUUUCAAAAGAUGUGGAAUAAAAUAUUUAUAUUGGCAUGCGUGGUGGCAGUGUCCUUGGACCCUCUCUUCUUCUAUAUUCCUAUGAUAGAUCAGAGCAACAAGUGCCUAGGGAUGGACAACAAGUUGAAGAUUUUAGCUAUCAUUUUCCGAUUGCUAAUGGAUUUAACUUAUGUAACAGACAUCAUUUAUUUCGUUGUUAAAGCUUCCCAAGCUUUAAAAAGAGAUGAUCCAUCUUUUGUGGGGAAAAAAGGUGAAUUCCUUAAGAAUACUUUUGGAAUAGCUAGGAGACUUUCCUGGUUUUACGUCCUUGUCGACUUUCUUGCUGUUCUUCCCGUUCCUCAGGUAGCAAUGUUGGUUUUAAUGUGGAAGGAUAAGUGGUUAUCUUUCGAUUCGAAAAGGUUUAUGAACGCUAUUAUUCUCGCACAAUAUGUGCCAAGGGUGUUACGAAUCUACCUUUCAAGUUUGGAAUUUACAAAGAGUUCAGACAAACUGGCUGGAACCUUAUGGGUCAAGGGUGCUUUCAACCUUUUUAUCUAUGUUCUUGCAAGCCAUGUACUUGGAGGCUUUUGGUACUUUUUUUCUAUUCAGAGACAAACAUCAUGCUGGAAACAAACCUGUCGAAAAAAUGAAACUUAUGCUGGAUGUCGAAUUUAUAAAUGCCCUGACAAGCACGAUAAUUCAAGCGAUUAUAAGGCGUUACUAGAUGGAUCUUGUCCUAUAAAUGAACCAAACGCAACAGCUUUCGAUUUUGGAAUUUUUCUUGAUGCCUUGGAGUCCCGUAUCGUGGAGCCCACCACAAAUUUUCAAGAGAAGUUAUUUUACAGUUUCUGGUGGGGCCUCCGGAAUCUGAGUUCUCUUGGUGAAAACCUGGAAACAAGUAAAUAUGUGUGGGAAAACUGCUUUGCCAUUGCUAUUUCAAUCAUUGGCUUGCUACUCUUCUUGUAUCUCAUUGGAAACAUCCAGUUAUAUAUGCAAUUAGCAACUACAAGAUCUGAGGAGGUAAGACGGAAGAUGAAAUCGAAAAUGCUAGACAUAGACAUGUGGAUAGAAAAAAACAACCUUCCUAAGCAUCUGAGGCCAGUGAUAGUGGAAAAGGUACAACACAAAUUGGAGAAGGAAAACAGAGAUAUCGAUGUGCAGAAUCUCUUCUCCUUACUUCCCCCGGUUCAUAGAGUGAACAUAAAACGUCAUCUCUGCAUUAAAAUACUAAGGAAAGUUCAGGUGUUUCAAAAUAUGAAGGAAUCAGUGUUGGAAGAAAUCUGCUCCCAUCUAAAGCCAGUGAUCUAUGGUGAGAAUUCUUACAUCAUUCGAGAUGGAGAUCCAAUGCAUCAGAUGUUCUUCAUUACACAAGGCACCAUAUUGGCAUUCACAAGCAGUCGUAGUACUAGUAGCAGUGGUAGUAAUAGUAAUAGUAAAAGUAUUUUCUCCACCAGCAGCGGUAGUAUGAGGCGUCUGAAGAAAGGAGAUUAUCAUGGAGAAGAACUUCUGGAAUGGUCGCUUACUCAUUUGUCCUUUACAGAGUUUCCCAUAUCAACCGUGAAUGUUAUGUGCCAUACAAAAGUUGAAGGCUUUGUUCUUAAAGCCAAUGAUUUGCUGAAUGCAGUGAAAAGGUACUGGUGGCAUUUCAAAAGGUUGAGCCCCUACUCCUCCUCCUCCUCCUCCUCCUCCAAUAUUUCUCAUGGCAGUCAGGUGGAGCGGUGGCAGCUUUUGGCAGUUUCAGUCAUACAAGCACUCUGGCGUCGCAAACACGCAGGGAAGUCUAUCAAGUCUAAGCAUGUCAAUAUUGGGAACUUGCAAGGAUCUUCAAAUAAGAACCACCGCUUACGCCCCAUUAAUCGCCAUUAAUGCCAAAUCCUGCAUACCUCAACUCAAAGAAUGCUGCUUUCAAUCAGUCUUCAACUACUGAUGCAUAUUAUUAUAUGUAAUCUUUGAAAAAUGAUAUUUUGUUUUUCUAGUCCUUUUUCUACCUAUGUUGUGUGGAAAAAUAACUCAAGUUGUUUUUAACUCGAGGUUUCAAUUAUGGCCAAGAAAAACUGUGGCAAAUUAAGUUGUUUUUA